AUGUUUUCAUGCAAAAUACGAACGUUGAGCGAUAAAAUUUUUGCAGACUUCGUGCUACAUUGGGAUGAAGGCAAUGUCUGGGAAGUUUUAUUUAUUCAGUCUCAAUGUUCAUCCUCAAAUGAUGUAAUCAUGACUAUUUGUGAUCUCAUUUUCUAUCGAUGUUCCUUCAGAAUUCCUGAACACACAACUUGGUCAUGUCUAGGGUUGUCAAGUCAGGCCUGA